UACUGCGAAGCGUUUUCCAACGAAAUGCCCCGCAAAGUAUGCAAUGUGAAUACGCUUGGGUGUGAAUCACUAUGGUUCAAAUUCAUAAGAGAUGCUUUAACAUGCUGAUGCAGUUGAUGUUAAUUGUUUAUAUGAAUAUUGCACAACUAUAACAAUGAAAAAAAAAAGGUUCUUUGAAAGUAUUUGAACUACCCAUCGAUAAUUAUAACUGAUCGUUCAACCAGCACACACUAAAAUGGGAAGAUUAUUAUUCAAAUACAUACUCGUGCACUUUUACAGUUCAGAGAAAAAGCUACCAAAUCUCCUUUCGAAUUCUGCUGGCGAUUCAAAACGGAACGAAAAAAAAGAGGAGAACUUUAAGUACAAUCCGGAACCUCGAAACGAAAUGUUGGUGUUACCGUCGAUUCACAUACAACUGAUGACACGAUUGUUUUAAACACCCAACACAUACCUUCUGGUAUCAUAAUUCACAUCUUCACCAGUUCAUUGGCCAGUUUGAGCAUUUUAAUAAAGCAAAAUAAAUAGAACUGCUGGCAAACAUUCGUCCCAAGCACUUAUUUCCUGAUGGUGGUUGUACGUGUUUGCAAAGAGAGAGAAAACAAAUGGAAAUGAAUACCCAACCAGAUGCAGAGGCGGUUAACGACAGUGUAGAGGAGAAACAAAAACGUGACGACGAACAACAAAAAAAAAAAAACACUAUAAUUUAAAGCAUGUUGUAUAAAAACUGGUCCUACAACUCCUGAGAAGUUCUGAACCGAACAUCUUCUUGUGAGUUGAGAUUUGUACGUAUAGUUAAGACCGGGGGGAGGUCAGAGCAGCUCGAAGCGUUCCACUGGAUGGCAGUCGUUGUUUAGAUCUGACCGAUACAACUUCUUGCUUUCGUUGCGCCAACCGAUCCGAUCUUUUGUGCAGGCAUGACAGGGUUCGUAAAAUCCUGUCUUAUCCUUGCCCUUAUCGUACAAAAAACAUUCGCUCAAGAUGGUCAACCUUGCUACACCUCUUACGGUGCUUCGGGCGUGUGCAUGAGCGUUGGAUCGUGCCCCGCCGCUUACCAACUGAACAUAAAUCCUUUCGGCUUUUUCGGUGCGGCUCCACGAGGAUGUCAAAAUUUUCUAGGCUUUGGCAGUGUAUGCUGUUCGAUCGCAGCCGGAUCCAAUCCGGCUCUCCCUAACUAUCCAUUCCAACCCAGCGUCAUAUCGACGACGUCAACUACGGUAAAAACGGCCGAACGUUAUCCUAGCACUACACCUGCUCCCGCGUAUAUCACAAGGCCCCGCGUUGGGUUGGAGUGUGUAAGGUCCGACGGAACGGUAGGACCAUGUGCGUCGGAACAGCCGGUUCCCAUCACUUCAACUACGGGACGUUCGACAACGAUUCGUUCCACAACACCGGUGAUACUGCAAACCCGUUUGCGGAACAGUCCAUCGUUCGAGACGCCGGCUGUUCUGCUUACCCCAGAGCAGGGUUGUGGGGUAAGUGAUGUUGAACAUAAUCGGGUUGUCGGUGGUGUUCCGGCCGCUCUCAACGGUUGGCCCUGGAUGGCUUUGGUGGGGUACGAGGAAGCUUUCGGAGAUAUCGAGUUCCGGUGCGGUGGGUCGCUCAUCACCGAUCGACAUGUUCUGUCUGCGGCACAUUGCAUUUUGCCCACGUUGUCCGUUGUUCGCUUGGGAGAACACGACAUGGACAAUCAAACCGAGUCAGCACACGUUGAUGUUCCGGUGUAUAAAUACAUUUCACACCCGUCUUACGAUACAUUUGAUGGUCACUCGGAUUUAGCAAUAUUAUACCUAUCGGAAACGGUGAAGUUCAAUACUCAAAUCAAACCAAUCUGUCUACCGACGACCGACCCGGUGCGAAGUGCCGAUUUUACCGGUUACAACCCAUUCAUAGCCGGGUGGGGUCGCACCAAGGAAACGGGGUUCGAGGCGAAGGUGCUCCAGGAGCUGCAGAUCCCUAUACUGGAAAAUGAAGAGUGCAGCCAGUUGUACAAGAAAAUAAGGAAGCUGUUUUCCCAGAAACAGUUCAACGAUGCUGUACUGUGUGCCGGACGGCUCGAAGGUGGUAAGGACUCGUGCCAAGGCGAUAGUGGCGGCCCGCUAAUGCUGCCGUACCUGGUCAACAGGAAGUUCCACUACUUCCAAAUCGGUGUAGUGUCGUACGGUGUGGGAUGUGCGCGUGCCGAGAUACCCGGUGUGUACACGCGGGUGGCCAAAUUUGUCGAUUGGAUAGUGGAACAGAUCAGCAAUGCUUAGGAACAGUGCACCGUCCCGUUUAUGGGCGUGAAGCAGAGUUUGAAGAACACACGCAAAUACUGAUCCGUCUAACAUUAGUAGAUUAAAAUCCGGUAAAUAUAUUUCUGAUUAACAAGGAUUUCGACAAAUGAUAUAAAAAAAACAUUAAAAUGUAAACCUGACAACCUGUUCGUUAAAAAAACUCUUUUUCAAAUAAAAGAUUAUUUUAGCAAUCAGUUUCAUGCCAUGCUGUUUGUUCGCUUUUAUCGACUUUUACAGACGAAGAAAUGUAGCACCGAACCAAUGUUUUGAUAUCUUCUUUCCCUAGCUAAGCGUGAGAGUUUAAAGUAAUAUUUUUAAAACAACUCGCGACGAAAUCAAUACCCGUGAUUGUGCUGCUGUGGAUAAAAGUAUGCUCGUACUGGUUUUUGCUCCGUCGCGUUUCUCCCCCUGGCAAAACUGAUUUCAUUUGUCGCAACAUGUUGUUGAAGCACACAUAAAGCUAAUCAUCGUUAACGUUUCGUUAUUAUUUUGGUUAAUAGACACUGUUUCUGUGUUGGCUGUACGCUAAACACAAUUGUUACGUUACUUCACAACGAUCAUCCAUGACCUUUCCAGUUGUUUCAACUGCGAUCUGGACAUACGAACUAUGCACAUACACACAAUUUUAACUUUCUAUACGGCGCUUACUGUUGGUUAGACUAUUGUACUAAACUUAAACUUGUACCACCUUGUAUAAGGGGUUCGCCUGCCUACCAGUGUGAAGCUCGCGUUCACGACCACAUUUGUUCGUCUAAGUUCAACACUUAGUUAGCUACGAAUAAGUCUUUCGUUAUUUUAAAUAUAGAUAUACGCGACGUGUUCACGUCUGCAAAUUCGUAGAUGAUAUAUGCUGAUUUGCCACUCUGCGUUUUUGAUAUUUAGUGCAUUAGUGUAGUGCUGUAAAAUACACUCACUGAUCCUGCUCGUGAACAGAAUAUGUUUCCAUUUUUUUUUCCAAAAUGUACAUGAUUUUCUACUCAUAAAAAGAACAAAUCAAGC